UGAUUAUUGAAAUAGCAGGAUUUACAAUAUACCGGUACCCAUUUUUAAAUCUCUGGUGUUAUGGCCACAUUUGGCAUGGCAAAUGAGAGACUACGUGCUUUGGAGGAGAUCGAGCGUGAAAUAGCAGCAAUAUUGCUCAAUGCAGGAAAUGCAAUUUUAGAGCUUUCAAAAGAGAAGCCAAACGAACGUAUGUUAGACAAACAGGCAGCUCAGUUCACAGCUUCAGUGCAAAGAGUAGAGUCUGAACUCUCGGGACAGAUCCGCUAUCUCACCCAGGUGGCCACUGGACAGCCACAUGAAGGCUCAAGUUACAGUGCUCGGAAAGAUGGCACAAUGGCUCUAAACAGAAUCGACUAUUCUCGAGUCAAGUUAGCAGAACUGAGCAGGACAUGUGAGCAGAUGUUGGAACAGCCUUGAUAUGUAAAACGGAGAAAAGUUUUGUAAGAUCCAUGUGUUUAUCAAAAGGAUGAUAGUGUGGCAAGAGAGACAUCAAUAAUCAAUUAAAGAAUUUGGUAUUUCACAUAAAUGAUAUAGCUGCUGGUCAGCAAUCCCUGAAGGAAAAGCAUGUUGGAACAUUGUAAGAAGGAUCUACACAUUAAACAUUGAUUUAUACGAGCUUCUGGGUCGUUUUUUUUUUUUUUUAUCCCAAAUCAACCCUUUAAAAAUAGAAUUUUAUUGGCUAGCCUCUUUUCGAUGUAUGUAAUUUAGCAGUGGUCGGAAUGUUCUUAACCUUGUGACUUAUCUUUGCUUGAAAUGAAAACCGUGUGUGUUAAAGCAGCUGUUGCACAAUUCAUUGGGGGUUGGGGGAAGGCACACUCUGUGACAAUUAAUUUAGUGUGAAAAGAGACAAGGAGAUUCCUAAUCCUUUCACUCUUGUUUUUACAGAUGUUUCAGAAUUCUCGCUCUGAUUUCUCUGGUUAAUGACAGUUUAGCUCCUGACAAUUUUGUGGCUCUGACCACAAUGCUUCUUGCUUUAAAAAUUAGUAUCUGUCUUAUCCCAAUAAAGUAGACACAUGUCUAACACA